ACCAAAAAUAAUUUUGCCAGCCUCUAUGACGCCAAGUUGAAGCCCUAAUUCCCCAAUUCCUCUUCCGUUAGUUCGUUCACAAAACCCCUAGAAAUACAGAGGACAUAAUUCUCAAAAUCUUAGCAGUGAUCAUCGAACUUGCUUACAAGAUUCUAAAGGAUGUUUGGUUUUUUUUGUGUGCUGGAAUAAAGAUCAUGAGAUUCAGAAAAGGAAGUAGAAUUGAGGUGUAUAGCCACAAAGAGGCACCGUAUGGUGCGUGGCGAUCAGCGGAGAUUAUAUCGGGUAAUGGUCAUACUUAUGGUAUUAGAUAUUACUCUUUCGAACUUUCCAACAAUGAGGCUGUUGAGGAGAGAGUUCCAAGGAAGAUGAUCAGGCCGUGUCCACCUCAAAUAGAUGUAGAUAGAUGGGAAGCUGGUGGUUUGGUUGAGGUUCUUGAUAACAAUAUUUCCUGGAAAGCUGCUACGGUUCUGAAGGAGUUGUCUGGAAGAUAUUAUGCGGUUCGGUUGCUUGAUGCGGCGGUCGAACUCACAGUUCACAAAGUGAACCUCAGGGCUCGGCAAUCUUGGCAAGAUGAAAGAUGGGUUGUGGUUGGAAAGGUAUCUUGUUCUCUCAAGUCCUCUACGCUGACUGGAUCAGAUGUAGACCAGAAUCUGAAGCCGCUUUUGAACAGUGUGGUGCCUCAGGAGACUAGUAUUGCUUCUGUGAGAAUGUUGAAGAGAUCGUCACCCUGUGAUUGGUCUGAGUCUGCUGAAUCAUGUACCAGAAGUCCUAAGAAGGUAAGAGCAUUGGAGGAAGAGAGAUAUCAGCACUGGUUUGCUUCUUCUUCUUCUUCUUCAGCGGAGAAGGCUGCUUCUGAACGUAUGGGUGGUAAAUUGAAUGUGCAAGCUUCGUUUAACAAGAAGAUAACUGGUUUCCGACAAAUGGUCAGGGUAAGAUCAAAAAGAUUUAGUGAAUGUGUUGGUACUGGAAAUGGUUGUUAUGAUACUGAUGCAUGCUCGGUUGGUAGUUGUAGCCCUAUUAGUUAUGAUGAGAAUGACAUACCAACUUGUUUUCUAGAUGGUCCUAGUCAAGGUGCCGACUCUUUUAGUAGUGAUGCAGAAUCUUCAGAAGAAGCAUUUGGGCUCAGAGAGGAAGCUAGUUGGAAACAUUCGUUAGCAAGUGGUGGAGCAGUGAGAUCCUCUAGGCCUGAACUAUACACUUACUGCAGAACACUGGGGAAACUAUUUGCUUCCGGCCCCCUAAAUUGGGAUCAGGAAGCAUCACUAACCGAUCUCCGACUUUCUCUUAAUAUAUCAGUUGAUGAACAUCUGAUGGAGCUAAGACAUCUAAAGUCGGCUGGUGUUGGACAUACUUCCCUGCAAUGUGGAAUCAACUGUUAUAUGUUGUUCUUUUUUCAGAGGAUUCUUAUAAUGAUUGUAUAGACAGCAGAAGGGAAAGUAUGUACGGAAACUCUGACCUUAAUGAAAAUUUCCAAUCCUCAAUUGUGUUUUUUUUCUUCUUAUAGUCAGGCUAAUUCCUUUGUUGUAAUUUCUGGAUAAUUAUAUUUAAAGAAAAGUUAUAGUAUCCAAGCUUUAAGUUGAGUUAUAUUUUGGAGGAUUCCGUUGUUCUGAAGCUGUCUUUUAUUCAUAUAUAUGUAGUUAUCUUUUACUGAUAUGUAGAUACCUCAGUUUCUUGUGCUUAAGCUUCUUGAUGAGAUGAGUUACUUGUAUAUUCAGUGGUGGAUUAUUGAACUUCCCCUACAUUUUUCAGGAACAGCUUAGCAAUAUCAGGUGCCUGCAGAUAUGAUUGCUUCUAGAGAUCUCUUACUCUGAUGCUUGGGGUUUGAAUGGUGUAAAACACAAUGCCCCUUCUUUCUCAAAUACAUAACUGGAAUUUUGCUAGGUGUUUUUUGGCUAGACAUAAUUGAUUUGUUUCAGGUUUUCUUGGGCUAGCUACGUGCACAGGCUUUGGACUGGUCCUAGCCUAAUGAGAAUCAUCUACAGUUUGGUUGAAUAAGUUUGUGAAAGAUUGGUAGUUGCUCUUUCAGGUUGUGACAUUUCAACCUGACUUACAGAGGUGCGGGGGUUCAUAUGUUAACAUAAAUCAAAUUUAUCCAGCUACUAAUUCCUCUAAUUGGGCUGUGGCAUACUCACUUGCUUGUCAAGUAUAACUUCACUCUUCAGCUUAAAGAAAUUGAGAAGAGGAAGAGGAAGAGGAAGAAGACAGAAGAAGAAUCCUUGUGAAGAUGUAUCAUUCACUUUUUAGUUUUUAUACCUGUUAUAGACUCAUAUGUAAUGAUGUUCGUAUGCCUUGACUACUUUUUAUAUAAUAUCUGUUUUGUACUAGCUUA